AUGUCCAUAGUCGACACGUCUCCUUCAUCUCUGGCCAAAAAUCAUGGUGUCCGGGUCCUCCGGCCACGCCAUGGGCGGCUACGCCGCUCCGAAACAUGGAGCAUGGAGGUGCUGCGCGUGCGUGUGUCCGCCGUUGGAGGCCAAGAGCUCUUCAACGGCCCAUUGGCCAAGAGCAGCACUGUGGGAAAAUUGAAAGAAGAGCUGCUAUUGCUUCUGCUUAUUCCACGCACAGAGCAAGAGCUGACGUGCGGCCAGUUGGUAGAGGAUGAUGACAUCACUUUGCAGGCUCUCUAUGACUUGAAGCAGGAAGAGACAGACUUGUAUGGCAUGCUGCAAGCGCUUCACCCUGUUCACCCUGCGACCAGGAGAAGUAGUCAGUCUCCUCACUUGGACUUCACCCUCUUUCUUCGCUCUGGUUUUUACUUCUUCCAUGUGGCGAAGUCCAAAAGUGCAUCGCCUGGCCUCCGCGUUGUGAAACGAGACAUUUCGCCCGCUGUGCAACGGAUCUUUGUGGAAGAGGUGAUGCCAGGUUUUUCGUCGACGUCGUCGACGACGAUCCAAGCGGGGGACGAGUUGAUCGAAGUCAACCACCGCAAAGUGGCCAGCCUCGGAAGUGUAGAGUUUGCACGUCUUCUCGAUCAAGCCUUGCACGACCCAGAGGGCAUGAUCCAGUUUCACAGAGGCGACUUGGAGGUGUACUUCGCAGCGGCCACAGGUAUGCAGUCUGAGGGCAACACGGGAGUCUUCUGUAUCAUCGUCAGCAUGUCAGAUCUUGAACUCAUUGCCCUGAGAAUGGCACCUGGCAGCACCGCAGGGGAGCUGAAGGCCCACCUGCAGCGUUUGCUGCAGGUACCGAUUCAUGCUCAGCAGUUGGUCCAUGACGGUCGAGCACUGCAGGACGAGGACAUCUUGGACUCCAAUGACUUGGGCCUACGCCUCGCCUUUUUGCGCUGCUUGGUAUGGCUUGGUGCUUGGGAGGAGUGGCGCUGUUUAGCCAAGAAGAAUUUGGAGAAGCCCUGGUGCCUUUGGCCCAUAGGCAACACAGGUCGAGUAGCCAUUGCUUCAGUCGACACCCCGCAGUGGCCUGAGAUGCUGAGAUUUCUAGGUGAGGAUGACUUCGAAGAUGUUGGCGAUGGGCAGGUGGUGGCUGUGCUGCCCCGCGAGGACUACCAGGCGUUGCUGCGUUUGGGCCCCUUGGAUUUCCUGUUCCACUCGGCUGACGUCCCACGUGCCGUACCUUGUGCCGUUUCACAGGUCAGCGCGGCCGAUCCAAAGCCGCCAAACGCAUCCCGGCGAUCCGGCCCCGCGGGCCCCGCGGGCCCCGCGAAACGCAAAGCGGUUGCGAGGAUGGCCAAGAAUUGCAACGAAAGUCUGCAGAAGGAGACCGAAGCGAGAAGCAAAUCAAAUGACGAGCUUUCACUGGGUCUGGCAGACCUCCACCAAUCACUGAUGCGACGCUUGGAGGAUCUGACUGUCACGCAGAAGGCAGCCCUUCAGGAAGCUGCCAAAGCCAUGGACGCCAAAUGGCAGCAACUGGAAGAUCGAGUGGCGAAGCAGGAAGCCUUGUCAAUGGAGAAUCGUGCCCUGGCGGAAAAGACCUUGGCUGCCCUGCCAAAUCUUCAGGUGGCCAAGCCGCGUGAACCUGGCCCGUCCUAA